GCGCCGCCCCUGCCCUCGCUCGACCUGGCCGAGGCCCGGGCUGACGGGGCUCCCGGCGGCCGCACCGACCCGCGCUCCGCGGAUGCACCGGGCGCACCCGAUCAGCCCCGAGCCGCCCUCGGGCGCUCGGGAUCCCCGCAGGCCCUUGCUGGGACCACGCUGCCCAGAUGCGGGCGCCACUGUGCCUGCUGCUGCUCGUCGCCCACACGGUGGACAUGCUUGCCUUGCACCGAAGGAAGAAGCAAGUGGGCACUGGCCUGGAGGGCAACUGCACGGGCUGCGUCAUCUGCUCGGAGGAGAAUGGCUGCUCCACCUGCCAGCAGAGGCUCUUCCUGCUCAUCCGCCGCGAGGGCAUCCGCCAGUAUGGCAAGUGUGUGCACGAUUGUCCGCUCGGCUUCUUUGGCAUCCGUGGCCAGGAGGUCAACAGGUGCAAAAAAUGCGGGGCCACGUGCGACAGCUGCUUCAGCCAGGACUUCUGCAUGCGCUGCAAGAGGCGGUUCUUUCUGCACAAGGGGAAGUGUCUGCCCACCUGCCCGCCAGGCACCUUGACCAAGCAGAGCAGUCGGGAGUGCCAGGAGGAAUGUAAGCUGGGACCCUGGGGCAGCUGGGGCCCCUGCAUGCAUGACGGGAAGACCUGUGGUGCCACCUGGGGCCUGGAGAUCCGUGUGCGUGAGGCCGGGCUGGCCGGGCAGGAGGAGGAGGCCACUUGCCAAGUGCAGUCCGAGUCCAGGAAAUGUUCUAUCCAGAGGCCCUGUCCAGGAGAGAGAAAUGUCCGCCAGAAGAAGGGUCGGAAGGACCGGCGACAACGCAAGGACAGGCAGCUGGAGCGCAGGCCUGACAGGAAGCCGAGCCAACCUGGCCUACAGUGACCACACUCUGUUCUGUCCCUGCCCCUUGCUCACUGCAGUUGCCCCCAUCAACUCCUUCCCUCCCUUUUUCUACUUGUGCUUUUCUUUUUACCCCCUACCUUCUCUUCUGUGUCAACUGACAUUUCAUUUUUUCCUCCUAUAUUUUAUUUCCUUCCUCUCCAUUCUCCUCUCCUUUCUCCCUGCU